GCAACAAAGAUAGAGGAAAAUAUGGAGCAGCUCUUCCUCAAUCAGUAAAGCAGAUUCAACCAGUUCUGAUACGAGUAUCGAUGCACUUCUUCCCGCGUAACAGCGAUUCAAUUUAAUAAGUUGCAGCCCUGUGUUCUGAUAAGGUUCGCAGCACCACCGCGAGAGUGCGCCAACUGCAACUCAAUAAAAUCCAAAGAGCGCCGGACGGGCGGUGUUCCGCGAUGCGUGAUGAGUUUGACAGCUCCCGCGUACUGAAUGUUGUUUAAAAAGUAUAAAAAAUCGAUCAAGAGAUGUGACUAAGAAAAAAUCCUUAACACGUUUCCGUAUGCAUCCAUGGGAGAUCAUCUAAUAUGGGAGAAUGGUUGGUCAUAGAAUUAUCACGCUGAUACUCUUUCUGGCAGCAUGGCACGAAGCAGCAACUUUAGUGCCAAUAAGAUCUGUGGCUGUAGAUAUAGGUCAGAACUUGACAUUAGCAUGUGCAGAAGAAGAUGCACUGCCACAGUCAGGAGAAUCUGUUGGAGUGAUGUGGAUAAGGGAGGGACGGGAAGAUGGACAAAUUGAAAGACUAAAGGUUGAGCCUAAUGGAGCUUUGCAACUUAUUAAUGUUAGUGCAGAUGAUGCAGGAAACUAUUCAUGCACUCUAGAUGACGAUCAUGAUGCUGUCAAAACUAGAAUCAACGUACAAGUUAGAACUCCUCCACCAGCUUUACACAAUGUAUGGGUUAAACCAUCAACAAUAUUGGCAAAUAUUCUUUGGGAAGUAGCUGGCACAGGUGGUUAUCCUAUCAUAGAUUUCACUGCCGAAUAUCGUCUUAAACCGAAUGUGGGUGAAGAACCAGAAGACUGGAAGCCUAUUGUUCCAACGCACAUUCCUCCAAAUUCUAGGCAAAUUGAUGUGUAUCACUUGGUGCCAAACACUACUUAUUCGUUUCGAGUCUGGGCAACAAAUCAGCUGGGGAGAGGAGAAAUAGUUGAGGUUGAAGGUCAUACUCAACACAGUAGUGAAGAAUUAGAACUUGCAAGACAUCUCUUAGCAGGUGUAGAAAAUUUUGACACUCGUGUCUGGGUGGCAGCAGUAGGGAUAGUUAUGGGUACACUUAUGAUUCUUGGUAUAGGUACUUGUUACCUCCUCUAUCGUGAGUGCAAAGUACCCUCGCAGCUGGAGGAGCAGGAAGUGAUUGAACUUGUACCCAAUAUCAUUCUGAAUCCAGGAUUUUUCGACGAAAGAACAGAACACAUUCCUCAAGAUGAAAAUUUCAAUAACCAAACCACUACACGCUUAAACAAUAAUAGCGUUGUGCAACCUAUGCGACUUUAGCGACUAAAUAUUUAGAUUUCUGUGGCUAAUUUUUAUUAACAAGUGGCUUGAGCACAAUUUAUGUGUCACCUUAAACGUAAGUAACUGGAAUUACAAGAGGCCUCGAAUCCGCCAAGUAUCACAAUGCGUAGAAUCAGAUAAGCAAUGAAGAUGAUAAUUAUUGCGAAAGUGGAAAUUUAUGUUUAUAGUCAGAAAAUUGAGAGACGCAUCAUACAUUCCGAGUAUUCUAAGGAAAUAAAUUUUUCACUUACAAUACAAUGUAAAGUGUUCAAAGCAUAUGUAAGACUCUGCUAGGUUUUGUGAAAUGAAGUAGCACAUUUUUGAGAGUGUUUACCAGGAUGUUCUAGCAUUAAAAUUCGAUAUCGUUGCUCAGUUAUCGAGCUUAAAGUCAAGAACUCCUGUAAGCGAAAAAAGGAAUAUUCUUAGUAAGACUGUAAUUCUAAGAACAAAAGGCAAAUUUUUGAAGAAACUGAAAUCAUACGACAUUAAUAUUAAGCGGCAAAUUUUUGUCUUACGUUCUGCAUGAAUUCAUGUUUUUUACGCAAUUAUUUUUAACCAUUAUCACCGAACACGAAUGAGAUUUUAAUGGACAAUAUCAUGCAGGGAGUAAGACUUUUGCCAAUAAUACACAUCAUCCGAUUAAAAAAAUUUUGUCAAACACGAGGUAUGAUUAAAGGCUUGCUUACUGCCGUUUUAAGGUGUGCAGAAGUCGUUGGUAAAAAAGUUCCUUUUUUGUGUCUUUAUAAAAGUUACUGUUUUUUUAUUUAUUGUUAUACGAAUGCAUUUGUUUUUUUAGAGAAUAUUUUGAUAAUGCUUUCUUCCAAAAAAAUUAAUAUAACGGAAGUCAAUGCACCAUAUGCUCUUUCUGGAAAAAUCCUGUGAAUCAGAGAGUGUACAGUGUAAAAAUCAUAGUACUCUAAUUAUAAAAAUAAUUCUAUUAUGUUAAUGUUAUUUCUAGUAAUAUUAUAUUCUUAAUACUUUUAACUUUGCAUGUAACUAUUCAAAUAUGUCUAAUGCUUCAACAUGCUUUUGCACUACCUUAAUAACAAAUGCAAUAUCCACUGCUAUUGAAUUAUAAAAAGCUAUGAAAUCAAAUUUCAUCAAAACCAAAUCUUAACAAAUACAAAAUAGCACAAAUCCAUGAAAAAUAAGUUUCGGUACAUAAACUUUUUAGGAAAAUGAAAAAAAAGAACAUUCAAUAAAUCUUCAUAACAUUCAACAAAUAAAAAUUAUUCAUGAUCAUCAUUCGGUUCAGAUUAGUGGUAAAUAUAGGGCAAAAGUAGAAUAGGUUAAAAUAUUUUGGAUAUCACCUUUGAUAGAAUCAAGUUUGUAAUCGAUCGUUAAAACAGAUCUUUUCCACAAAUAUUCAUUUUUUAUGAGAAGUAUCGUCUCGAAUUGCAUACAAAAUUUAACUUAGUCAAUCAAUGAAGGUUGAUGAUUUUGAUAAAAGUUCUUCCUGUACAAACAGAUACAUACAUAGUUAUUUUCCACAAUUUACAUGUAGUACCAUAUCAGAAUUUAUCAUUAUGUGAAAUAUGUUAUUAAGAUUGUGGUAGUAGGUGUCGAGACUUUUCUUAGUAAAAAAUAAUAAAAAAAGAGGUCUAUUUUUAAUUUAUUAUUAACUUUGAAUUUUUUAGAUGAAACUUUUCUCAGAAAAAGAAUCAAGAUAAAUUUGUUUACUUUUAUUGCUUUUUAUUGAUUAAUUUCAGUUAAAACACCAUAAGUGAUGAAAAUGGAAAUGGUUGUGGAAAUUGAUUCUUGUGUGUAUUAGUCUUUCAUGUGUUAAUAGUAAAGCUCAUAAUAUAAGAAACAUAAUACCUUAAUGAUUCUACUUAAAACAAUUACAUAAGUUAAAUAUUGCUUUUGUCAAUAUAAAAAUCUGACAAAAAGCAAUUUGGUGCACGCAGGUUGUAUAAAUAUUGGUUGUGCGUUGUUACAUUGAAGCUUUAUGAUCUGUUCUUCCCUGCAGUAUAAUCUUAUAGGGGUGAACAGAUUCAAUUCGGCUUCGUACUAUGCACUCUGUGUUGUGAAUGGUAUAUAUACGCGCUAAUGAAAAAAUAAUAUGAUAAUAACAAUAAUGAUAACAAUAUAAAUAUAUAUAUUUAUAUAGCCAAGGCAUCAUGAUAUUUUAGCUAUAAGCAAAGACAAUUUUUUAUAUAAAUAAUAAUAAUGCUGAAAUGCAAUGAUAAAUAUUUAUCUACAUAUUCAUAUAGAUAAUUUUGUGCUAUGAUAUCGAGCUUCAAGAGUGAUCUAGUAGAUAUGCUCAUUAAGAGUAUUUCAUGUAGAAUAUCAUGUUCCUCUCUCCAUUUAGAAGAGUCGUGUUUUUUCACUUUUUCAAGGAUUGUAUAAAACAUCCUUCAUUUUUACAAAUCAAUGCAAUACUUUUAAAAACGAUGAAUAAUACAUUGUAACAAUUGCACCCUUUUUCUAUAAAGAUAACUUUUCCUGCUUUAAAUAAUCCAGCAAUAAUAUGUCAUAUAUAUUACUUUAGAACACGACUCUUUAUAUAUCAUACACAUUUAAAUAGAAUUAUAAUCACUUGUUUCUGCUGAAAUAUAUAACAAUAGGUGUACUGUAAUUUAAAUAUUUAACUGUCUCUAUCAAAGCUGUCUGGUGAAGGCAUAGGUUUUGCAUUUAGCGGCAUUAAUAAUGUGGUGAAGCCUGAUAAAAAAAGGAGUAUAAAUGUUACUUGAUAUAUAAAAUGAAAAAUUAUUCUUAUAACUACCAGCUGCUAUAGAAACUAACAAUAAAAUUUAGUCCUCUGGGUUUAGAAUUCUGCCAUUGCAUACCAUUAGAAGAUCUGCAUAUCUACCUAUGCAAUGUAGGAUGAUCAUAAAAUAACUUUAAUUACAUUAGAAAUACAAUCAGUAAAAUAAUAUCAUUAGAAUUGAAAGUAAAUAGGAAGAUAAUCAUGAUUCUUUCUUUUUCCAAUAAGAUAAAUACACACUCUUUUUAAACUAAAUAUUUCAAAUUAGUUACAGUACUAAUGAACACAAAAAUUAAUUGCUAACUUUAAUUACAAGACAUGUCUUUAUCAUUCUAUACCAAAAAAUUGUCAAAUACUAUAAUGGUGUAAAAUAGAUAUAUUUUUAUGAGGUAGAUCACAGUGUUAUAAACUUAAAUCUAUGACUACAAUGAUAAUGGCAGAUAUUUUAUGUUCAUACUAUAAAUUACAUAAAAUCGACAAAAAAUCUUAAUCUAUUUCUGAUUAAGACUGCUUUCUGUUUUAUCUAGUAAUUUCUUUCAUUUAAUUCUCUUUUGCAUUGAUAAUCAUACAUCUUUGAAAUUCAAAAGCUAUUAAGCACAGCAUGUGCAUAGCAUUUGUCAUUAUACCUUUGUAGUUAAAUGUAUUGCAUUAAUAUAUUUACUUCACAUAACACACUCAUGUGAAAUAUAUAUUAAGUAAAGCACAAUACCAUAGAAUAGUAUAAUGGUUGCUGGUGGCACCAUAAAUCGUCCCUAACAUACAUAUUGCUUGCCUAUGACAUACCAGAAGAAAAAGAAAUUUAAUGUGGUUUUUACAAAAAGCUUCAAAUUGAUUCUGCUUUUUUCAUAAAAAGCUGAUUUUGCUAUAUGAUAUUUUACAUAUAACACGUAUUUACAAAUAUUUGUAAAUAUCAUACAACCAUUUCUAAAUCCUUUACUUUUUGUAAAAACUACAUAUCUGUCGUGUCAUUAUCUAUUAGAUUAAUAAUAUUAGUUUAACAUCCUUACAUUAAGUGAUGGUAAAAGAGAUUUAUAACGAUAUCUCCAUAAAUAAUGUUAUAGCGGAUAAGUAUUAGUCUCGAUAUUAAUUCUGCGAUAAGUUAUUUAGUUAUAUAUUAACUGAAAUAAUGUAUUAGCUUUUGGUGAUUUCUUUAUAUAAUUAUUUAUUUUGUAAAAAAAAAAAA